GCAGAACCAUGGUAUUAUCUCGCCGACCGGUCGCGCGGUAACCAGCCGCGGUACGUUCUCUUAUCUCGUACCAUAACCGCAAACAAUACGGUCCGCAACGUCUCGUCGGAUUUUCAAACGGAACUGGUUGCCCGCUUCUGGACGUCUCUCUCUGCUUGCCGGUGACAUUGUUACGCAAAAUCCCCGGUACACGGGUUCAUCGUUCGUUCCGUUAGUGAUUUCGACCAGGUACAACAUUCACCGGAGAGAAGUAGAAGUGCACCGAAAUAAAAGAACGAAUGACGCAGUGGUUUACGCGAUUCUAACGCCCGCACCAUUCGAAUUACAGGCAUUUUAUAAUGGCUUCAUUUGAUCUAAGAAGAGAACUUCAUUCCAGAGGACCUGUAAUGAAUUUAAGCAGAAAUAUACCUACCAAGAAACAUACAUUACAUUUUGAUGGUCGUUUCGUUAGUAAAUCAGACCGGUAUCAGUUAGAAUCAUAUGGCCUAUAUACUCCCAAUCCCGUACUUGAAGGCUUGAGUGUAUCACAUAAAAAUAAAAUAUUAUGGUCUGCUCGUGUAUCUGAUAGUCUAUGGGCAUGGUUUGUGUAUGGUCGUAAACUUUUGGUUUGGAAUGCAGAAAAUAAUAAAGAAAAUAGAACGAAUCCUUGUUUUGAACUUGGAUUACCUGCUAGUGAAGUUGCUCAUCAAGCUGCUCUAGUUUGGGUCUUUGAACCUGAAACAGGAAAGUCACUGUCUCAUGCUUGUUGUAUAGCUGUGUCUCCUGAAGGAUUAAUACGUUUUUGGAGAGAUGUUUAUGAUGAAGUUGAAUAUUUUGAAUAUAAUACUGAAUUAAUGGGCAAGGAAUGUGAACUCUUAUAUCAAGUUGACAAUUCUCGAUUCAUAUUGUUGACAACUACAGCUGAUUUGGUUAUGGUAACAAUCAACUUGGAUAAUGUUCGUCCUCAAAUAAGUAGUAAAAUAUUAACAGAGUCUACUGGUUGGUUGGGUAAUAUAUCUAUGAACAUAUCAUCUUUAGUUUUUGGUUCAACUGGUCCACAGUCUGAUCCUAAAACCAUAUGCGGUUGUGUAUUAAAAAGCUCUUCUAAUUAUAUUGAACGCUUAUACAUUGUAACAACUAAUGGCACAACGUUAACCAAGUGGAAUGUUUCAGAACCAAAUAGAGAAAAACAGUUAUUUGAAGUUAACUUAGCUAAUUCUUUACAAGAAAAGUUUUCUAUUAUGAUGUUUAAUAGUAUUAGUACUGGAGAUAUGGAUAUGGAAAUUAUUGACAUGAAACCAACUAAUAAUCGUAAUGAAGAAGUUAUUGUUCUCAUUCACACCAAACCAAACCAAGCAUAUAAUUAUUAUAUUUUAGCAACCAUACAAGUUCAAGAUAACAAGUGCCCAAUAACUUCUUUACAUGUCCUUAAUAAUAUUGAAAGUUCAUAUUUAAAUGAAUGCACACCACAGUUGCUUAUAACAGAUCAACAAACAUUUAUACUGUCUAAACAUUAUAUUCUUGUUGUUACUUUUGAACCAUUUCAAACUGAUGUUAUUGGAGUUGAUUGUGAUUUAAAAUUUGGUGGAGGUUCAGUAGUAAAUAAUUAUGGCAUGUUUUUUACUCAAUCUCAUUGUCUAACUGUAGUUACUAAAAUAACAGAUGUUGAAUAUGACUUUAAUGAAUCAAGAAGUGUUCUUCAAUCUCCAGAUUUAAAUCAGUCUAAUAUAACUGCUGAUGUUGAAAGUGGUAGCAAUGAAACUCGAUUAAAAUCUGCUUUCCUUCAGUUUGUUAGUCGUAAGAUAGAUAACUGCCGAGCACUAGUAAAACAAGCAUGUCCAGAAGAAUCUUCAUCAACUGAUGGAUCGAACCUUGAUAAAACUGUAUUUAAAGUUGGAGAAGAUCUAGUUAAUGAUAUACCAAUCAAUGAUCCACGUUGGUUGGGUGUUCACGGAGAACCAACAAUCAGAUCAUCGUCAAUGGUGAUAUUAAGUCAUUUAGAAGAAAAACAGCAAGCAAUACACUGGUAUCUUAAAUUUUUACAAGAACUUGGGUUAUGGGCUCGUAUGAGGCAUAUAAAUAAGUAUGGGACCCAAGUUUAUACUGGAUGUGCAUUAAAAGAUUUAAGUGAAAAAUUACAAGCUACAAUAACAUUUAGAAAAAUUGAAGUUGAACAUAGCGAAUUAUUGGAUACAUUAAUAAAAGAAGCAGUUGAAAGUCAUUCAGAUGACUAUUCUUCACCACCAGGAUUGACACAUAUAGACAAAUUUUAUAAACAAGUUACCAUGUCUCAUAUUCUUUUGAAAAGGUUGUGUAUUUACAGUGAAGAAAUUGCUUCCACUAAUCGUAGUGCUGUAGAUAUAUGUAGUAUAUUAUGCAAUGUAAAUAGAAUUUUAGUAAAAGUACUUGGUGCUGUAUUAGAAUAUAGAAGACAAAAUGUUGAUUUUUUUCCAAUUGAAAAACAAAAACAAUCAAAAAUAUCUUGGAUCUUAUGUGGAAAAGAUGAUGGUAUAUACACUGAACUUACAUCACAAAUUAAUGUAAGUCUCAAGUUUGCUAAAAUGGCAAAUAUUUCUAAAGAAGUAUAUUCAGAAAUAUCUGAUCAAGUUGCAUUUUUGGUUGACACUCUAUUAUCAAGUUGUAUUGAUGUGUAUUCAGAAUUAGAGAGUAAUUAUACAACAAUGCGAUAUAAUCUACUCAACAAACUCGUAGAGUAUAAGGAACACCACAAAGUAAUUGAAUUGGCAGAAAAAUAUUCAGAUCACAGAAUAAUAACAGAAGUUUGUUUUAAAACUAAUAAUAUUGAUUUAUUGUAUAGUUUUAUGGACAAACUUUAUGAACAAAAUUUCCGUCAAACCGUAUUUUCUUGGUACUUAGAACAAGGUAAAAUUGUUGACCUGUUACGAAAUUUUUGUCGUAAACCAAAAUAUGAACGUGACAUUGCAUUAGCAUUAGAAUCAUACCCAAAAUAUGGUUGGAUAGCUGGAGGACUAUCAGAAAAUAUUAACUUGACAUGUGAAUCACUUAAACAGUGCUGGUCUAAGGAAAACACAAAUGUCCUUCGAAAACAAAGUCAAUUAAAUUUAUACAAAAUAGCUGUUCUUGCAAAAAAUGGACCAUUAGUCAAAUCUCCUGAGUUGGAGAGUAUAAAUAAAGACUUAGAGAUUAUAGAACAUCAGUUAAACAUACCCAAGUGUGUCUUGGAAGUUUUCGAUUUGAAUUUUAAUAAUAUGCCUGUAUUAUCACCUGUAGACAUAUUUAAUUUUUAUUUACAUGAAAAAAAUGUUGUGCUUGAUGAAAAUCAAUGUUUACGAGCUUUAUCUGUAUUAAAAUUUAUUCAAAACAAAGAUGAAUGUGAAAUGCUCAGUCGUCAUUUAUGGUGUGAAAUAAUAUUAAGAGAAACAUUAAAAUAUCCUCUUCAUGAUCAAGAAAUUGAUGACCCUAUACAGUUUGUAAACAAACUUUUAUUUUUCAAAGUAUUAUCACUUGUGUCUGAAAAAGGUUUAUCAGAAUUCUUGCCAUCUUUGAACUGGUUAUUGUAUGCUGAUGAGCUGGAAAACUUCCAUUCAAAUACUGUGUGGCAGUUUGUUAUGAAAAUGGGAUUUGAACAUUGUAUAAGAUCUGCUGAUUUUAAUAUGGAUUUUGAAACUUCUCUUGUUCAGUAACUAAUAUUUUUAAUGAUUAUAUAGUAAACAAAUAAUAUUUAAUAUUUUGUAACAAUUUUAAAACUUUAUA